CCGAGAGGCCGAGGCACCGUCCCGGCUGCUGAGGCGGGCCCCGCGCAGCUGGCAGCGGACGGGCCGGGCCGAAGGCUGGCGAGCGGACGGCCGCCGCCUCUGCGCACUCCGCGGCCGGGGCUGAGCCGUGCGGCGGCGGCGCCGGGGGAUGCUCGAGCUGGGCCCGGCCUCUCCCUCAACUUAGGGCGGCGGCGGGCCCGCGCCCCUGGCUCCCGGGCCAUGGCGCUGAGGGAGCUCAAAGUGUGCUUGCUGGGGGAUACAGGCGUAGGUAAAUCGAGUAUCGUGUGGCGGUUCGUGGAGGACAGUUUUGAUCCAAACAUCAACCCGACAAUAGGGGCAUCUUUUAUGACCAAGACUGUCCAGUACCAAAAUGAGCUACAUAAAUUCCUAAUCUGGGAUACAGCUGGACAAGAACGAUUUCGUGCCUUAGCACCAAUGUACUAUCGGGGCUCAGCUGCGGCCAUCAUUGUUUACGACAUCACAAAAGAAGAGACAUUCUCAACACUGAAGAACUGGGUGAAGGAGCUCCGGCAGCACGGCCCGCCCAAUAUCGUCGUGGCUAUCGCUGGCAAUAAGUGUGACCUUAUCGACGUCAGAGAAGUCAUGGAGAGAGAUGCUAAGGACUAUGCCGACUCCAUCCAUGCGAUUUUUGUGGAGACCAGCGCGAAAAAUGCGAUAAACAUAAAUGAACUCUUUAUAGAAAUUAGUCGAAGAAUUCCUUCUGCCGACGCCAACCCGCCAUCUGGCGGCAAGGGCUUCAAGCUCCGGAGACAGCCGUCUGAGCCCCAGCGGAGCUGCUGCUGACCGGGCCUCAGCCUCCCAGACUUGCUGAUGAAGUAGGUGGUCCCAAAAGUUAACAGAAGGCCUGGGUUCCCUGCCGGCAGGUUCUGCCUCUCCGGUUUGGGUCUUCUUCAUGCAAACAGGACUCGGAGAAAUUGGCCAGUUCCGCUUCCUCUCUGGAGGCCAUGGCACUAAUGUUUCAGUGUGCGGACCUCCAGCCUGUCAUGAGUCUGGUGUGCACCGGGACCGCAUCAUGGGCUUUUGACCUUGCUGAAGAGGAACAUGUAAUUGUAUGGACGGUAGGGUUAAAUUGUUGAGUAGUUUUGUAAUCAAGAUUUUAUGUAACAUUUGUAAAGGGAAAAUUAGCACUUUCGUGGUUCUUGAGGAAAAAAAGACCUUGCAGAGAUGGUAAUUUCCUUGGUUUCCCGUUACCACUGUUAGAGGGAAUCGUAUCAUUUAAAAUGUGGUUGGUGAUUGUAAGUGGAGGGCUGGCAAUCAUUAUUGGGAGCUGAACUGGAUUAUUUAUAGGACUGAAGGAAACGACUCUGUCCCCACCAUCUCUAAAGCACUUGUCAUUGAAUACUUUAGCCCCUGAUACAUAGAGUAAAUUAACAAUGGUAACAGCGGAGGCAUAGCUCACCAGAGGUUUGCAUUCCGACCUCGUCCUGUAUGUGUCAAAAGAACACAUUACUGGCCCCUUUUUAAAUAAGCUCUCGUGAUGAAGGUGGUGGUGGUGGCAAAGCUGCCUGGGAGAAGUCGGGCUGCAUCCGUUUGAGCUAACUAGCAGUGGUUUAAAAAAGAGGAAGAAGAGAGAGAGUCAAGAAAGUGGUGUAAAUGCUAUCAGUUUUUUAUUUAACCCAGAUAUUUUGGUGGAGAGAACAGUUAUCUGUUGCUUAGCAUAUGUAAAGUUGUAGUCUAUAUUUAUGAGACCAUGGCUUAAAGAUUAUAAAUUAUGUAAAUACAUGAAUAAAUUCUAUGUUUCACCCAACACUCCAUUUAAUCUCACAGCCAGUGUCUUGGUGUGCCCACCCACCUCUCAGCCUGUCCGCGGGGGGCUCUGCCGCACGUUUCUGUCGGGCGAGAGCACAGAGCACUUGGCUUACAGUCUUUAAAGAGGUCUCUGCCUCGCCUUGCACACGCUCCCGCAUCCCAUCUGGAAAUCAUAAUAAAGACAUAUGCCACUUUGACAAGCCUGACUAGCCCUUCCUAGCCUAGGGGUAAAAGAUGACGCUCCAAGUUCAAGUCAUUUCACCUGGUCUUGGCAGUGAGUUUCUUGUAGCAUUUACAGCGACCCCGGACGAGUGUUUCCACGAGCUCUCCUUGUUACCGAUUCAGCUUAUCUUUCCGUUUCCUUUAUUCCCCUGCCUCUGUUAGUGGUUAACACUCUUUCCCUCAGGGAGCCUAAUGAGGUUUUUAAUAUAAUCUAAAAAUAAAGCACUGAAGUGAAGUUGGUGACAAUUUGCUCCUGGUCUAAUUUGGCGCCCUUCCAACCGGAGUGUUGUAAGGGAAGGAAAUUUACAAGAUUGAAUAGGAAAUGAAACAGCUUGAAUUUCCAACUCAAUUGUGUUUUCAGAGCUCUCGCAGACUGAAGAGUUGGAACUUUGAAAAACAAUGGUUAUUUCCCUAUGCCCCCCACUUGAGAUGGGUAGAUUUUAAUGGGAAAAUUAUAACUCAGAUUAAGUAAAAAGCGAUUCCCUUUUCCCUGGUGUAUAUCUUGAGCAUUUGAAAUUAUUUAUUCUCUUACUGAAUUCAUAUGGAAGGAAUGUAGUUAGGGCAAAUUCUAACAUCUUGUUUAAAAUACAGGCAGACUCUGUACCCUCCUAGCAUCUUGCUCCCUUCCCGCCGUGAAAUGAGCAAGGGGUGAGAGAAAACACGUGGUUCUAAGGGGGGCUCUGACACCUGAAGGGGGUUGCAUCUCCUUUCCCAUACAUGCAGAUGGGUCAGGGCAUCUGGCCUCAGCCCUGGUGUGUCCCUAACAUUCCCAUUGCUGGGCCUCCAUCUCCACGACAACAAACAAAAUAAAAACAAAGGGUGCUUGACUCAUCACCGAACAGGCGGUGCAUGGGUGGCCCUUUCUGUCUUAUUUCACCAAAAGAUGACGCACAUCUGUGACCUUCGCAGUUUUCCCACCAAACCUGUCAGCCACUGUCGAUGAUUCCCUGUGAUCUGGGCACCCGGGGAAGGCCGUGCGCUUCCGUGCCAUGUCUCACUGGUGAGGCGUCAGCCUGCCUCUCACCGUGUCCCCACGGUCCCUGCAUUCAGCCCAGAACAGGGCUGGCUCUUCAGGCCCUCCUGGGCUAUUCUUUCUUCACGGCUUCUCACGCUCCGCCCCAUUUGUAGAGAGGGCUUCUGUUGGGUUCUGGCCACGCAUUUUAGUCCCAGAACGAGUGACAGGUGGGUGGCUCGUGCACCGGCACUGUCUUUCCGCGUUCUGGGGCCUCUUCUCGUCCGCCCUGGUUCUCCUCAGACUGUCUCAGGAAUCCACGAGACCCUCCGCUCACGCAGCGCUUCUCCCUACGGGCAGCAGCAGCCCAUUGUCUCGCAUCCGUGUAACCCAUACCCCAUGAAAACGGGGAAACGUUUCCAUUUGUUCGGUCCGCUUGUGUGACGCAGAGCUGGAGGUUAAAGGCAGAACCAGUGUUUUAUUUUGAACAUGCUUUGGAUUAAUAACCUGACCAAGCAGUGGUCUAAUACACAUUUCAUACGUUCUCAAGUUACUCCUUAUGGGAAAAAGCUAGAUUUCAGAGGAAUUGGGACAUAGCCCAUCUCAAAAAUCUUCUUUUUGGUUCCCUUCUGACAAAGGACCAUUUUGAAAAAACUUUGGGGACUGAAAAGAGAAAAAUCAUUAAUUAGCUGCGAGUGUGUAUUGAUUCCUCUCAGAGAAAUUGAAGUGAGCUCUUAUCAGGUGCCCAGUCCUAGGAACCAUCCGUCUCCAGAACUCUCCCUUCACACAAGUGUUUCUCCGAUUCUGUGAUAACUAAUUAACCAUCAUUUGGUGAUUAAAAGAACAUAAAGUAAGAGUAUGAUUAAGUGUCCUUCAUUUUAAACUCUCUUUAAGAAGUGAUUAGGGAGAAGUACCUAUCGCAAGCCCUUCUGGUUCCAAAUGAAACCUCCAUCACCUGCUUUUCAGCCACAGGCAGGCUAAGUGCUUCGCAGAGCGGUUGAAAGGGUUGGUUCCUUUAAAAUAACACCCUUGCUAUUGCCUGUUUGUGAUUUUGGUUGAAGCAGAUGCCUCCAGUAUCCGAAGGUCGGAGCCUUUUGUAUUCGAGGCCUGACCUCCUCUCUGGAGUGGGCUGUUGCCCUUCUCAAGGCAAUCAUUUUUCAUUUUUUUUUUAAGUAUAUAAAAAAGGAAGGAAGGCCACCUUUAAGUCUUGUAUUUUUUGUUUUGUUUUAUUUUCCCUCAAGAAGGAAAACAGGUCUAGGAGACCUUCUAAAUUAAACUCUGGGAGCUAGAGUCAUGAAAAUGUCCUUUGGAGAAUGGUUCCAUGGCUUUCCUGGAGAUGUCAAACCAGAGUCUCCGCACCUUCUCGGCCGUGUGUCACAACGGACAGGUUCGACUCCGAUCACGGUGUACUGAUUGGCAUGUCGGCCCUAGGGCUUGAAAAGGCGUUUGUUCACCGUUAGAUGUGUCCUUUCUAUCCUGUGGGUGACUUGCAAAAGAGGUUAUAUAAAUGGAUACAAGCAUUUUUUUCUACUCGUUUUUUUCAGAACACACUGAGAACAUGAGUCAUGGUCCCACGGUUGUAUAAGAUGGAGGUGCAAAGUGUAUUACAUAUGACAGCGAAGCCCCUACACAUUCAGAUGUCUUUGCAGGAACCUGUCUGUAAAAGUAAUGAGGGAAUCCUUUAGCCCCUCAAAUCUGACACUUACUAGGUACCAGCGUCAGAACACCAGGGCAUUGAGGGGAGGAGGACAGCCCCCACGCUCAAGCUGGCUCUCUUCUCUAAACUCCGCAGUCUGUACAUGUUCUUCCUGACCCUAUAAUGAAAGCAGAAGACCACGUUAAGCUAGAUGGUGUGAACCCGUGGAAAAAUCUUCCUUGUUUAAAUUUGUUGUAAAGGAACUGGCAGCCUGACUUUGGUUUACUGUUUGACUUGCAGAGAGAGUCUGCCUCAUGGCGGUUAAAGUAUUUUUAAAAAGGAAGAAGUGGAAUGUACUUUUAAGGAUCAAGCUAUCACUGUCUACCUGCCUUCAGUUAGCUCGGUGCAUGAAAAGUUCAACGAUUCAAGGUGAUGUUUAGGAGACUUACCUUAACUCUACAGCACGGUCAUUUAAAAAAAAAAACAGUCCAAGUAACAGAUGUGUCCAGGAGAUAGACCUUAUAUGCAUAGUUUAGAAAAGGGAGGUCCAGUGGAUUUCUAGCCUAAGCGUGGAAGAAACGACCUCUGCCAAUUUCUCUUGACAGCAGAGUUACUUGUCUUGACUUCCAGUAAUAGAAAUCCAGGCAAUUUGAUUAUCUGAUUUGCAAGAAACAUUAAUGGAAUUCUGGGGCAUUUGUCCUGUUCUAUGUGCAAAUGAAAAUCUAAAAAAUAUUAGAAGGGUAUUACAUUUUUCAGGAGCCUCCACUUUUUCAAUCUAAGAAUGAUAAGAGAGACCUGGCGUGAUGAAGUUUCAUUAGACAUAACGAAGAAAGUGAAUAAAUAAAACCAAGAAUCCCCAUAUUUCUUGGUUUGUCCUUCAGGAUGCUCUGAAUAUAUAGCAAAAUGAUUUACUUUCCAAAUCUAGAAGGACUUCCAGUAGCAUAGAUCAACUUUAAUUUGAUGGUCUGCACCAUCAGAAAUAACUAAUAUCUGUGUUCUUGCCUUUUAGAGUAUAAUCAAUUAUAGAUGCUAGAAUAUUUUUGGCUUCAAAACAAAAGGAUUCAGAAGUUUAAUAAAAAGAAAAAUUUUAAACCUUCCAUCUUCUCCUCUUACCACAUUGAACAUUUUAGAUAGUAAGCCGAGGACGUGUCAUCCGUAGAUACUGGAAUUAAAACCAUGGAGUCUUAACAAAUUUAAGGGGAAAACUAUUUAAUUUACUACUAGCUCAUUUUCAAAUCUGUGUGGUGCCCAAUACCUCAUCAAAGCGCUUCGUAAAUGAAGCAAACCAAAUUCUGGAAAGCUUUUCAUGAACAGGAAUUCAAGUGCCCAGAAUUCAGCUAAUAAAUGGGAAACCCUAAGACAGUAAUGAUUUUUUGAAAAACCCUUCUUUAAUUGGUAUUUUUAAACUGCAGUUUCUUAAUGUUCUUCUAAAUCAUGCAACAGAAAUAAAACAUGCUGGUUUUGAUGCCACUUCUAGAUUCAGGAACGUUUCACCGUUUCUGGAAGCAGAUUGUUAAAUGCAGUACUGGGAAAGAGAUUCAUCUUCGGUACAGCAUAUCGCACGGAAGGCCCAUAGUCUUUACGCAGAACUGAAAUUGCCCAGGAAACUCCCAAGACGUCUUAAGUCAGGGUGUAGAGAAUGGAGCGUGACUGCACCUGGGGGCCUUGUUCUCACAUCGUUUUUCCUUUACCAAUUUUUUCAUCAAAUUUGUGUUUGAGUAGUGAGUUGUACCCACCCUGGAAAAUGUUGAAAGCAAGGCUGAAGUUUGUGUACCUCUGCUGACUUCGCGUGUGAGGUCAUUACAGAGUUUAUGGAACUUUUUCUUAAUAGGGGUCAUGCACAUGAUGUCAGGAAGACUGGUCGGUUCAGUGCGGGUGGAGGGAAUUAUCGGCAGCUGGCUCGUCAGAGCAACUGAUUGGUGGCUCUAUUUUUAAACCAUUUGUUGUCUUGUGUAGACAGAGCUGUAUUGGCCUGGAAAAGAUUUUUCUUUUUUUACUCUCAUCCCGCUCGGUCUUUGCAUCAUUUCACCUUCUGAGUCAUUCACGUCAUUGUCAAACAUGCCUCUGACCUUCUUAAGAAUGGAUGUUUUGCCUUCUCUGUGAUCGAAACAGACUCCUUGCCUUAUUUCUCUCAUUUUGCGGCAGGCUCUCCCUUAAAGACGCACGGCACUAGCCACCUCCUCAGUGCCUGCGACAUGCCUUCCCGGGCCACCUUCCGUGGUGACGGCAGUGGGCUCUGGUCCCCCAGGACCGGCCAGUGCCGAGCGCCAUGGGCAGACGCAAAGGCUGGUUUUGGGUGAGGAGCUCCCGUCUUUCCAGAGAGGGAGCGGGCUGCACUGGCCGCCAGUGGCAACAGGACUGAGUAACAAAAUGGGCUUUCAAGUCGGUGAUGAGGUGCUCUAAGUGUCAGAACAUUGCUUAGUCUGUAACAGAGCACCUGGUAAAAGGACAUAAAGAUACAAACCUAAAGUCUUAAAGAGAAACAGCUGCGGAGAUGAGCCUAGACCUUUAAAAAUAAGUAAAUGCAAGCAAAGCUGUCUUACCAGCAACUCUCACUUCUCCUAAGAAUGUCAUGCCUUUUCAGACCCGAUACAAGGAGGAAGAUACUUGUGCCUUUUUAUAAUAGCAUCUGUUAUGGGGAAGGGGGCCCGUUAGGUUGCUUACCGUUUAGGCUGCUCUGUAGCACUGUAAACAGCCCAACUGACGGCCGUUGCUUCGCUGCACGGGACGCGUCGCUGGACCCCCUGCGAAGAUGGCUGUCGUGGGGCCGGCCAGGUGCGUGCGCAUGUUGAGGACUUAACUUUUGCAGUCUUUACCUUGGGCUGGACCUAAGUCUACAUGUAAACUGUACGAUGUCUGUACUGUCUGUAGAUGCUGACAAAAGAAAACUAGAUCUUUUGAUUUUUGUUACCAGACUUUUCUUUUUAUACUUCGGCCGGUAGUGGGUCGUUUGCAGACGGUGGGAGAUUUGGCAUACUUUUAAACUCGUUUUAGCUUGAAUAUUCUCUGAUGAACUUCUUCGGAGCAUUCAUGUGCUGAAUCACUACAAAAUUUGUUGUAUUGUAAGAAGGGUGUAAACAUUUUGUUAAUAAAAUGCUAUGUUUACAAAUA